CCCAAUGGGCCCACCAACGGGGAUCGAUCCCAGACCGAUCGCGCAUCGAGCGAGCGCUUUACCGAUAUAAACAACAUUAAUAAAUGAAUGAUUAAUAUAUUCACUCUGAAACAUACCCCAUCAAUGUUAUAUUCUCCAAAUGGUAUCAAAAGCUGUUUUGAGAUCGACAUGAGCACAGUAUAACUUCCUUUUAACAAAAAUACGUGGUCAUUAGUGGAAUAACCUUUUCUAAAACCAGCUUGGGCUUCUGAUAAUAUGUCACUGCCCUCGACAUAUCCAGUAAGUCCAUUGUUAAGAACGUUCGUGAACAGUUUACUAAAACACGAUAAUAACGUUAUGGGUCUGUAGUUCUCAGCACUGCUCGUAUCUCCGUGGGUUUUUAUUUUUUUUAAAAAAUUUUUUUAUAUAAAUCGUUGUAAUAAUUCCAACCAUCCAUUCUUCUGGGAAAGUUCCACUGUUCAUAAUUAAAUAAAAUAAUACUACAUAAACCAACAAGAACUUGUCAACUGUAGUCUUAUUAUUUUAAAGAUGUUUUACGGCUUUGAGAAUUUCAUCACCAAAUAUAGGCAUAUUUAAAAUGUUGUUUGCAUCAACUGAUUCAGCAAUCUCAUUUGCAUCACACAAGUUAUCAUUGUUGUCAUUAUCAUACAUAUAGUUAAUCUCUUUAAAAUAACAAAACAAUUCUAACGAAGGACUGUUAUUAGAUACACUUUGUUUGCCGCAGCAUAUUCGUUUCAGUUGGACAAACAAAACAAUUCACAAACUCCGUUCACCAAUAUCAUUAAGCUAACGUACUAAUCACAAUAUUCUGUUGAUCAUUCCAACCAGUCUGCUGGAAAGAAGUAGGGAUUUACCAAUCUAUUCUUUUAAUAUACGGGUACUGUUCUAAUUCAGACAUCGGCUACUCGGCUAAUUAACAGGGCUGUUUAAAAACUAAUCCCCUUAAUUAGCGUGUUUCGGUUAAUUAGUGUUCAUCACCAGUUUCGCUGGAUAAUACAUUCUAUUCUAAAUCAAAACAAGGUAAAGGCGGCACUUUGAAAUUGACAAAAUAAUGAGCAAUUACAUUAUAAUUAGUAAUCCCAUCGCCGGUGUCGGCUCCUUGUUUGUUGUGGUGAUGAGUGUGAUGUAUAUUUCUUGUAUAUAACAAGCGAUGACAGUUACUUAGUAACUAACAUUGGAUGUUUGAGACGAGCCGAGAUUAAAUAUUACUACGUUAGACACUGUCCUGGUCCUACUAAACAGUGGUAUAUUUUUUAAACAUCGCAGUUAGUGAAAAUGAGCGUCACCGAAAGAGAUAGUAACACGGAGCCGGAAAGCAUGCUCAUUACUAUCAUGUCAGUUUCACCGGAGCAGAAAAUUAGCGACGGGAUUUCAAAUUUACGAAACUUCUUCCAAAAUAUUCUCAAAGAUUCAAACAACAAAGAAAAUGGAACACCAUCUGAGGCGACCAGAGUUACGGUUUCUGGCAGAAAGCGAACUCGAGGAGGGACCAAAGUGAAUUAUGCAGCUCUUUUAGGAAAGCGUGGCUGCCAUAUUAAGCAAGAAGAAGCGUCCCAGGAAGAAUGCUGCUUACACAACGAGCACGACGACGUCACCAGACGUGUGUACAAGCGUUCCAACAUGAUCAAAGAGUCGGCUCUCCCAACCCCAGCAAAGAGACAUUACCCAGCUAAACCUGAUCAAACAGUGUACGCUUUUCCAAAAGAAUGGAGCCCAGAAUCAAACAACGCACCUUUAUCCGUCAACUCUUCAGCAAUGGAGAUAGAUGCCCCUCCUGUGAGAAUGGACCUGGCCCAAAUGAGAGAUUACCAUUACGUCGAACUUCUGGACACGCCCAUCAGUCAUCGCACUGGGAGAAGUCAGAAACAGAACUAUUUCUCGUCUUGUCUUAGCUCUGAGAAAAUCAGACUGGCAUGCAUCGACGAAGUGGCUCGACGAUUACGUCAGGAGAGUUGCCGAGACACGCCGUGUGCGACGAGUGGGUUACGGAACGACACGAAGCGUGGCAACUCGAGACUUCGUGACGCGACGGACGACCGGAGAGACGCCGAGAAGGUUGUGGACGAUCUGUUGUAUCUGAGGGAACUGCUAGAGGCCACCGAGAGCAUCAAUCACCAGGUCCAGGUGAUAAAGAAGACGUUUGAAGAGCGAGGUGUUGGUCCAGCGCCAGACAAGACGGAUCCAUUAGCCCUAGCCCUGGAACUGAAGUCGAGGUUGGCGCUAAAAUAUCAACCAAUCACAGACGACGACAUCUACACAAACAACUAGGAUUAAGCCAAUGAAAUCCAACGUUCUUUUUAAAGACAGAUAGAGUAACAGAAUGUUUGGUGGUUUGUGAUGAUGAUGGUGUUGGUAUUACACGUGUGUGGGUGAUGGUUGUAGUGGCACUACAAUAUAAAACCACUGCCACUAAAUUGUAGUGGUUUUGGUGACAGCGUAAAACCACUAACAUGUAGUGGUUUUGGUGACACUACAGUGUAAAACAACCAACGUAGUGGUUUUGGUGACACUACAGUGUAAAAUCACUUUCAUGUUGUGAACGUAUGGUAUAAAAUAGUUGUAUACGGUGUAUAGCCAGUGCUAUGUGAAUGAAUUACAUUAUGAUUCACAGCAGUCACGACCCGGUAACGAAUUUGAAUCGGACAAGAAACCUACAAGGGAUAUCACACAACAAGGAAUGGACCACACCCGUCCAUCUUAGAGGUUCAGAAAGACCAGUUCAUGUACGGACUUUGAAGCUGGUUUAUAACAACAACAAAUCUCGAAACUUUACAAAUUACAAGAACAUUACAAUUUUAGGUAACCUGUGAACUUUUUUUUUUUUUUUUUUUAAUUAUUUAUUGUCCCCAGAUCACUGGCAAUG